CUUUUCCUUAAAUAUUACUAUUUUAUUAGAGUAUAUAUCGAUAGUAUUAUUAUCUUUAGCAAAACAGAGGAGGAAUACCUGGAAUAUCCAUAUACCGUCUAUAAAAUCCUUAAUAAGGCCUAUAUCUAUAUUAGCGCUACUAAAUCCUUUAUAGGAUACCUAGCUAUGAGACUCCUUAGGUAUAUCGUAAAUGGCAAAGGCAUUGCCAAAACUAACGACUAUAUUGCUAUCUUUAAGAAGCUAAAGUUCCUAGAUACUCUUAAUAGCUUAGAGCACUACCUUAGGAUAGUCAGAUAG